AUAGUGUGUACGUACGUUAACCUAUUUGAUUUGAGUAAAUGAUACGUUCACAAAUCAAAACGACGUCGUUCAGGUUCUUUUAAUAUUCCAGAAUUCCACCUCUUGUUGUGCAAAAAACCCUAGUGAAAACAAAAACCCUUCUCCACCCCUCUUGUGCAGGUUUAAACCCCAAUUCUCACUGUUCCGCCAUCAAUGGCUUCUCCGGCAAACCCUCCAACUCAAAGCAGGGUAUCAACCGAAACCAUUCAGAAAGCAAUCGACGCACUCCUCAAAUGGCGCAAAUCCAAUUCCACCGCCAAACCCCAAAAACUCUUCGACAACGACGAGGAAUUUAUCUACCUCGUACUCACCCUCAAGAAGAUACCCCAAAAGGAUCACACUAACGUAACCCCACGCAAGAUUCCUCUACCCUAUACCCUCAUCUCCCCUUCCUCUGAAACUUGCCUCAUCGUCGACGACAGGCCCAAAUCGGGCCUCACCAAGGCCCAAGCCCAAUCUAAGAUCCAGGCUGAGAAGGUCGCCGUUUCGAAGGUCCUCAAGCUCUCGAAGCUCGCCUCCGAUUACAAGCCAUUUGAGGCAAAGCGGAAGCUAUGCGACUCGUACGACUUGUUCUUCGCGGAUAGGAGGGUGGUUCCUCUUCUUCCGAGGCUGUUGGGGAAGCAAUUCUUGAAGAAGAAGAAGGUUCCGGUGCCCUUGGAUUUGAAGAAGGGGAAUUGGAAGGAGCAGGUUGAUAAGGCGUAUUCCUCGGCGUUGUUUUCUGUUGGGAAUGGGACUUGUUGCGUUGUCAGGGUCGCUAAGGUGGCGAUGGCGAGGGAGGAGGUCGUGGCGAAUGUGACCGCGGCAAUUGAGGGAAUUGUGGAUGCUGUGCCGAGGAAGUGGAAGAAUGUGAGGUCGUUUCAUGUGAAGCUGUUGGAGUCGCUGGCACUGCCGGUUUAUCAGGCUGUGCCGGAUGUGAGGUUGAGGAUUGAGGGAGGAGACAGUGAAGGAGAGGCUAUGGAGAAGGAGGGAUUGAAGAAGAAGAAGAAAAAGGGGAGGAUUCAUCAAGUUAGGUAUAUGGAUAGUGAUGAUUUUGAGCAUGCGGAUAAUGAUAACGGUAGUGACUUGGUGAGUUUGAAGAUGAAGAAAGGAGAUCAAGUGAAAAAUGGGGCUUUGAGUGGGUUGAGUAAUGUCAAGCGAGAGACGAAGAAACGCGGGUUAGUUCAGUGGAAUGGAGCAGAUAUGGCAAAGAAAGUAAAGCAUUAGAUAUUUUUUUAUGCUCAAGAGGAUUUUGCUGGAAUCCACUGAUUUUCUUUUAUUUUUCGAAUAGGAAGAAUUCACUGCUUGAUUAUGUACAAUUUUGCUUGUUGAGUUAUCUAGCAGAUUUUGUUAUCAGCAUUCUAUAAUUGUGUUCUCUUCUGUUGGUCAUUUUAUCACUUGCUAAUCCAAAUAUCCUAUACUUGAGCUUAAACAAGUGUCUUCACUCUUCACUCCAAAUAUCCUUUUAACUUAAAGGUUUAUGAAUGAAAUGAUAGUAGAGUCACAAUAACACACUUGAUUAUGCUUAUUUCACUUGGACCAUUCCAGAUAUUUUGCUCUUCUUUGUAUGCUUCUUCCAUGAAAGAUCUUGUUACCGUA